GAUCAUCGCGCAGAUGCCAUCACAAACAUCGGGAAUAUUUAAAUGCAAUGGGGCUUUGCCGUGCAAACUCUACUAUUCCUUCGCCCACGGUGCAGGAGUAUUCUGUCCACUCUUAGCGAUAAUGGAAGAAGUCCUAGGAAAAAUCGCUCAGUUUGCCACAUACGGUCGCGGAAACAGCGUCGUGUGCACUUUGCUCUGCUGGCUUGUUCGAGUAUACGAUACGUUUUCGCAGACAACGAUCAUGGUCCAACGAGCGGACAUAGUCGUUAGAUAAAAUUUGUUGGAAAAUCACAGUGUUUUGUUAGUUAAUUGUUUUACAAGAUUGAUCGAGAAUUAAUCGAUUCGUUCGCAGAUCCAAAGCGAGAAGAUGACGAGUUUGCGGUCUUUGGGAUUUUCACGACGUUUUAUCGUUGGCGCUCUUACGGUUGGCGUUUUGGCAUUGCUGGCUUGUGAAAAUCUAUCUAAGGCAGACGAGGUACCGGCAUUCUUCUUGAAAAUUGCCAAGAACAUUCCUCGUGUAGGACGUAGCGAGGGUUAUAAUGAUUUUUUGAAGUCUCGAAGGAACAUUCCACAGGUUUCAGGCUACAAUAGUCGUGCACAGGCUGAAUCCUGGGCACCGUAUGCUAGCGACAAAACUUUCUCGAGACCUAUAAAGAGACGCGUGGAUUAUCCUUCGAUUGAUGAUGCUUGGGCUUGGCAACAUUUUCCUCUCGCGAUAGAAGGACCUCGAGAACUCUGGCGAACUUUGGCUGGCUAUUCCAAAGACACAUCGGAUGACGUGGACAACGACGUAUGGAAACGGAAGAAGAGAACGGGAAAUGAGCCUAUGAUUUCAGAGGACAAUUAGCAUUAAAGAAGCGAGAUGAUAACGUCGCUGUGCCUACGGAUGAAUAUACUUUAAUGAUUGCUGUCGGUGUAAGGUGUUGGGUUAAAUAUCGAGAACAAUAAAUAUGUAAAUAGGAGAUGUA